AUGGCCGUGCUGGAAUCUGGAGUGACAUUGGUGUCGAGGAGUGGGUAUGAUGUGAAAAAUCAUCGUGUCUUCCUGAGGCGCACCAAGUAUGAUGCAUUACGUAAAGAAGACUUCUACGUUGGAAAUAGAAUAAAUGUCUUUUCCCGUCAGCUUCAUCUGGUCGACUAUGGAGACCAAUACACUGCCCGUAGGGUUGGCGAUAAAAAGGAGAAGACUCUGGCGAUGAUCAAACCUGAUGCGGUUCCAAAGAUGGGCUCAAUCAUGGAGUCAAUUAUAGAUACAGGAUUCACUAUUACCAAAGCCAAGAUGGUUUUAUUGUCUCGUGCUGAAGCCAUGGACUUCUACAGUGAGCAUCAAGCAAAAUCUUUUUUUAAUCCACCAACCAUUUUGUCACCUUUUGAGGUUGGGGAACAGCUUGAAAAGUUUUCUUCAUUUUUCUGGAAGGAGUGGGAGGUGCAAGAUACUAGUGACAUGAGGAAGAAAGAUCACAGCCUGUUACUGCCAUCUUUCCAGUGA